AUGGAUGAACAUUGGAAGAGAAGUGGCCAAAUACCAGCUUUUGGGAACUGGGAUUUCGCAAACGAGUUGCCGAUAACUCAGUAUUUUGAGAAUGCGAGACAAGCUGGUUUGAUUCGUUACAGUUCUUCAUCUGGUGACACUGAUCCUUACCUGCAUGGAGGAGAUCAAGAUCUUUAUGGGGUUGAUUUUAAGAAACUUGGAAAGGCGACGAGGAACAGAGAAACAACCAUGAGAAAACAGAGUAAAGUGUACGAUGUAACUGAACAUUCAACGAAGGCAAUGAAGAACAAGAAGACAUUACAUGUAAACGACGUCGUAGUUCGUAAGUCUCCAAAACCAGUUGAUGAAGAUCUCUAUAAAAUAUCUCCUGAACUUGUUCGCACUACCAGACGGAAAAAAAUGUUGGGUUUCAUUUCCAAGUGUCUGGUCCCUACUGCUUGUGUUUCAUGA